GGAUUUGAUUUAUCCCGCUCAUUACACAGCUCUGCUCAACAGAAUAAUGAAGACUUUACUGUUUACCUCUGCUGUUGUUCUUCUGGUGUUGAACUACGGAUCGGCGCUGAAAUGCCACCACUGUGUUCCUCAGUCUGGAACUCGCUGCGCGGCUUCCCAAGAGACCUGUGGAUUCGGGAAUGACGCCUGCAUCGCCGCCAGAUUCAACUUCCCUCCCUUCAUGGGCUUCCGCAGGUGUGGCAGAAUGACUGAGUGUCUGAUCCCCCAGAGUAACACCGCCAUGAAAAUCAAAUGCUGCCAGUCUGAUCUCUGCAAUAACGUCAUCAUCAUUUAGUUUCUCUACUGUCUGAUCAUAUUCACAAUCAUAGAGACGUUCAAACAGGCUUCACUGUCUCUGUUAUUUAUAAAGUUUGUCCAACAAUAAAUA